AUGUUCUACGGGGUGAGGAUGUGCCGUGCUGCUGUGGCAAACACCGCCCCAGGGAUACUGCACAGAGCGGCUUCAUUGCAGUCAGAAACGCCAUGCGCUAGGCUUGCCGACAAGAUUGUGCGCGGUCCGCUGAAGUCGGUCUAUUACACACACCCCAGCUACGUGAUGUCCCGCGAUAAGAUGCUUCAUACAAUCUGGGUGGACUUAGGGAUCUUUCACACAUGCGCCUAUGUGUUGUUCCCUUUUUUCUUUAUCGCCAAUUUUUUUAAGGCGUGA